CUGACUUGUUGAAUCUGCUUUCUGGUUCCUUCGACCUUAUCAAUCAGUUCCAAAGGUUGCGUCUCAAUAAUCACACCAACACCCACCACUCUCUCUUCUCUUUCUCUGCCCCACUCCGUUGCAAUUCUGCGCUUCCCCUUAGCUAAUCCGUGCCGGCCAGCCCUUUUCCCCACCCCUCUUCGCCUCUCCGUUCUGUCUGCCCAGAGAUAAUUAAUUCAUUUAACCCCCCUCUUCGCUCUUCCGCUUUCUCUCUCUUUCCUUCCCCUCCUCUUCUACUCACUCAUACUUAAAAAGCCAAUCGCUUUCCCCCUUCAACACCGCCAAUCUGUUUUCCUCCGCCUUUCGUCGUUUUCCCUUCUCCACCCUUCGUUCUUCUCUUGGAUUGACUGCCGCCGCCGCGUCGUCCCUGCAACAAAACUCCUCGCCCUCGGCCUCCGUCCUAUCCAAUAACCUCAAGGCGCCCCUGCGCGUCAAUUCCACUUCAUCCUCCAGAAUGGUGCACACCAACGUCGUUAUCAUCGGCUCCGGCCCCGCCGCCCACACUGCGGCCAUCUACCUCUCCCGCGCCGAACUCAAGCCCGUCCUCUAUGAGGGUAUGCUGGCUAACGGCACCGCCGCUGGCGGUCAGCUUACCACUACCACCGACAUCGAGAACUUCCCCGGUUUCCCGGACGGCAUUGGCGGUGGAGAGCUGAUGGAGAACAUGCGCAAGCAGUCCGUUCGCUUCGGUACGGAGGUUAUCACCGAGACCAUCACCAAGGUCGACUUCUCCCAGAGACCCUUCAAGCUGUGGACGGAAUGGAGUGACGGUCCCACCGACGAGCCCGCUCACACUGCUGACGCCGUCAUCAUCGCCACUGGCGCCAACGCUCGUCGCCUCAACCUCCCCGGCGAGGAGAAGUACUGGCAGAACGGUAUCAGUGCCUGCGCCGUCUGUGACGGUGCCGUGCCCAUCUUCCGCAACAAGCCCCUCUUCGUCAUCGGUGGUGGUGACUCCGCCGCCGAGGAGGCUAUGUUCCUGGCCAAGUACGGCAGCAGCGUCACUGUCCUUGUCCGUAAGGACAAGCUCCGUGCCAGCAAGGCCAUGGCCAACCGUCUUCUGUCCCACCCCAAGGUCACCGUCCGCUUCAACUCUGUCGCCACCCAGGUCCUCGGUGAGGAGAAGCCCAACGGUCUGAUGACCCACCUCAAGGUCAAGAACGUCGUCUCCGGCGAGGAGGAGGUUGUUGACGCCAACGGUCUCUUCUACGCUGUCGGUCACGACCCCGCCACCUCCCUGGUGAAGGGCCAGAUCAAGCUCGACGAGGACGGAUACAUCGUCACCCAGCCCGGUACCAGCUACACCAGCGUUGAGGGUGUCUUCGCUUGCGGUGACGUCCAGGACAAGCGCUACCGCCAGGCCAUCACCAGUGCCGGAUCCGGCUGCAUUGCCGCUCUCGAGGCCGAGAAGUACAUCGCCGAGCGCGAGUCCGGCGAGGAGCCCGCCACCUCCACCGAGAAGGCCGCUGUCAAGCCUGCCACCCAGGAGGUCAACGGUGAAGUCAAGCAGGACGGUCAGGGUGCCGCCGCCGAGUACAAGUCUAACCCUCUGCUUUAAGCGAUUCAUCUCCUAUCUCACAUCAUCGCCAUCCCCUAUACCUCCAAUUCUUCUUUACCUUAUAUUUAUUCCCCUCCUCUCUAUUAUCUUAUCUAGAUGUGGAGUUUUCAUUUAGACCGACCUAGACGGAUCUGUCAUUGUUAUGCUCUAGCCAAGGUGGGGGCAUUGGCUUAUGGCUUGAAUUUCUGUGUUUGCAUUUUCAUUUUUUUGCCCCUGUUACCGUGACGGCUGCUUUAUAUAUUAUUAGACUCACUCCAGCGAUUCUGUUGUUUUAUUU